GGAAGAUAGUAGGCUUGACAAUGAAUACUGGUUAAUGGGUUGAAUGCACAACGAUUACUAUUGGUGUUUGCCUUUAUAAACCAGGAAGUAGUCUCUUCAUAUAUUAAUUCUAAACGAAAGUAGAAACGGAGGGAUUCUAUCACGAGGACCAGUAAAACGCAAUCAUUGAAAAGCAUCCUAUCACACAUUUUAAGCUGCCAAAAUGGUGAACUGCUGUGGAUUGGUAACUGUCAAGAAUGAACCAGUGCCUCUGAAGAGUAUUGCUGUGGAGGUGAGUGUCCAGGGGCAUGUGGCCACUGUGAGCUCCACUCUGCAGUAUGAGAACCAGGAGGAGAGCCCUCUGGAGGCCAUCUUUGUUUUCCCUCUGCCAGGAGAGGCUGCUGUCUGCAGGUUCAGCGCCAAGAUAGGACAGUCUGAGGUGGUGGCUGAGGUUCAGGAGAAACAGAAGGCGCGGGAGCAGUAUGAUGAUUCGUUGAGCUUGGGCCAGCAGGCCUUCCUAUUGGAGGAGAGUGAUGAGAGCCCGGAUGUGUUCAAGCUGAGUGUAGGUAGUCUGCCUCCAGGGGAGAAGGCCUCUGUCAGCCUGGACUAUGUGACAGAGCUGGCUGUACAGGCUGACGAUGGCCUGAGGCUCUGCCUUCCCGCCGUGCUCAACCCCCGCUAUCAACCCCAGGGGUCAGACAUUGUUAGUGGUGGCAGUGCCCUGGUGUCCUCGGUGCCCGCUGGUUCUGUGCCCUACAGUCUGUCCCUCAGUGCCCGAGUGUCGUCCCCUCAUCCCAUCUCUAGAGUAGAGUCCAACUGUCCCCUGGACCCGCUCAACUACCCCAACACAGAGAAAACUCAAGCCACGGUCAGUCUGGCUGCAGGUCAUCAGUUUGACCGGGACGUUGAGCUGUUGUUGUAUUACCAAGACACCCAUCAGCCUACUGCUAUAGUAGAGGCAGCACAGACUUCUGCCAAGCCAGGCUCUCUGAUGGGCGACCCAAUGGUUAUGCUGAGCAUGUACCCAGAGUUCCCCAAGGAUGUGAUGUCAUUGAUGACCUCACACGGGGAGUUCCUGUUUGUUGUCGAUUGCUCUGGCAGCAUGUCAUGCCCCAUGCACAAUGGGUCUGGGGCUCAGGACCGCAUUGGCAGUGCCAGGGAUACUCUGCUGCUCUUGCUGAAAAGCCUGCCAAUGGGCUGCUACUUCAACAUCAUCGGUUUUGGGUCCAGAUAUGAGUCCUUCUUUCCUAAGAGUGUGGAGUACAGCCAGAAGACUAUGGAUGAGGCUCUGCAGAAGGUGAAGGCAAUGAGGGCUGACCAGGGAGGUUCAGAGAUCCUCCAGCCUUUAAAACAUAUCUACAGCCAGCCCUGCCUCCCUGACCAGCCCAGACAGCUCUUCUUGUUCACUGACGGUGAGGUGAGGAACACCAAGGAAGUCCUGGAUCUGGUGAAGGCAAAUGCCGGUUCUCACAGGUGCUUCUCCUUUGGGAUCGGGGAGGGGGCCAGCUCUGCUCUCAUCUCUGGGGUGGCCAAGCAGGGUGGAGGGCACGCACAGUUUAUCACAGGACAGGACAGGAUGCAGCCCAAAGUGAUGCAGUCCCUCCGGUUUGCCCUGCAGCCGGCUGUGGUGGACAUCUCAGUCAAGUGGAAUGUCCCAAAUGGGGUGUCUGUCACCCCUCUGUCUCCACCAAUCAGAAUGCUCUUCCAGGGUCAAAGAGCACUGCUGUAUGCCCAGAUCACUGGGGAGAGCUCAGGGGACACAGAGGGCUCAGUGACAGUGAAGUACAGCCUGGCUGAGCAGCCUGUUGAGAACCAGCUGAGCUUCAGUCUCAAGCCUGCAGAGGACACUGGACUGACUGUCCACAGGCUGGGGGCUCGAACCCUGAUCCGCUGCAUAGAGAUGGAAGAGAGACAGGGGGGUGGAGAGAAGAAGGGAGUGAAAGAGAAGGUGGUUGAGCUCAGUGUCCAGUCAGGAGUGAGCAGUGCCUUUACUGCCUUCAUCGCUGUCCACAAAGUAGAUGGAAAGGCUGUGCAAGGACCGAUGCUACGCAGACAAGUCCCCACGCCAACGUUGCGUCAAAGCUCCAUGCCCAGGAUGAUGGCGUGUGGUGAUGCUAUGAACAGGUCUAUGCCCAGGAGUGUUUUGCGUCGUGCUCCUAUGCCCAUAAAGAUGAAUUUCGAUGUCCAAGCUGAUAUGGGUCCCCGAGGAUUAAGGUCAAAGUUUAGCAAAAAGAGUAAAAGUGAAGGCUUUGACUGUCCAGCCCCAGCCUCUAAUCCUGCAAUGGACCCUCUCCUCCAGCUGAUCUCCCUCCAGAAGGCCUCUGGUUCCUGGGUCCUGGAGGCAGCGUUGGCUGAGGUGCUGGGGAAGACUGAGGAGGAGUUGGCCAAGCCAAAGCCUGCAUCGGAAGUGUGGGCCACGGUUCUAGCCCUGGUAUGGCUCUAUGGGUUCAAGAUGGAGGCUCAGGAGGAGUGGCAGUUUCUGGCCAUGAAGGCAGUAUCAUGGAUCCAGGCUCAGAAAGCGGCCAGUGUGUCCGAGUGUGUCCAGGCUGGAAACACCCUUCUGGGUUGCCAGGUGCAGAAAGAAACCCUGGGACUCUGAGACGUUCACCCUGCUUGUCCUCUCUCUGUCCCCCACACUCCUGCUACUCUACCUGGGGUCAGAUAUACACGCAACCCCACCUGCUCCUGGUCCCCUCCUCAAAACAACAUGGUGGAACUAGUUACUGUACCGGUCUGAACAAGCUUAAUUACCAACCUCUUACCAAUAAUACCACUACUGUAAUUUACUGUUGUUGUAUUGCUAUUUAUACUGAACAGAAAUGUAAAUGUAACAUGUAAAGUGUUGGUCCCAUGUCUCAUGAGCUGAAAUAAAAUAUCCCAGAAAUGUUC